GUUCGACGCGCACUAUCCCCGCAGCCACCAUGGACGACCUUUACGACGAGUUCGGAAACUUUAUUGGCGAGGCUGAGUCCGACGAAGAUGUCCAGAGCGUUGGCGAUGCAGGCGACGCCUAUGUCGUCGACGAUGAAGACGAGACGGAGCCUAAUAACCAACAGUUGAUGGAGGUCGACAAUGGGCCUUCCAACGCCGUUGUCCUGCACGAGGACAAGCAAUACUACCCUUCCGCCUCGGACGUAUACGGUCCCGAUGUCGAGGUGCUGGUGCAAGAGGAAGACACGCAAUCUCUGGCCCAGCCCAUUGUCGCGCCAGUCGUGCAGAAGAAGUUCUCGAUUGAAGAGGCCGACUUGCCACCAGUCUACCAUUCCAGAGAGCUGCUAACUGAUCUGAUGAACUUUCCAGAUCAGAUUCGGAACAUUGCCAUUGCUGGACACCUACAACAUGGAAAGACUGCGUUUAUGGACAUGCUGGUCAUGGAGACACACGACAUCCAGGACCGCCUCGAUUACAAGAGGGGAAAGAAGCGAGAGGAGCAGCUGCGCUACACCGACGUACACGUGCUCGAACGCGAGCGCGGUCUCUCAAUCAAGGCGGCGCCAAUGAGCCUAGUGCUCCAGAACACAAAGUCAAAGUCGCACCUUUUCAACAUACUCGACACCCCCGGUCACGUAAAUUUCGCCGACGAAGUCGCCGCCUCAUUGCGCUUGGUAGACGGAGUGGUGUUGGUGGUUGACGUUGUUGAGGGUGUGCAGGUCAACACGGAGCAGGUCAUCAAACAUGCGGUCCUCGAGGACUUGCCUCUCACGCUGGUGGUCAACAAGAUGGAUCGCCUGAUUCUGGAGCUGAAGCUGCCGCCGAGCGAUGCAUACUUUAAGAUAAAGCACGUCAUCGAGGAGGUCAACACUGUCAUUGAGAACACCAUACCUGGUCGUGGUGAGAGCAGGCGUGUAAGCCCUGAAAAAGGCAACGUCGCUUUCGCCUGCUCCAGCAUGAGAUGGUGCUUCACCAUUCAGUCAUUCGCCAAGAUGUACUCCGACUUCUAUCCUGGCCCCUCGAAGCUUCCAGGAUUCGGCGUUCCCAUGAAAGGACUGGACAUUGAUAAGUUUGCCAUGCGACUUUGGGGCGAUAUUUUCUACAAUCCAGGAAGCCGCAAGUUCAGUCGCAAGCGGCAAGAGGAGGGAUCGCAACGGUCUUUUGUUCACUGGAUUCUAGAGCCUGUUUACAAGAUCUACUCGCAUACGCUCAGUCAAAGUCCGGAUGAUCUCAAGGAAACGCUAGAAACUCUGGGCAUACGGCUCAAGCCAUCCGAAUACAAAGCGGACGCAAAGGAGCUAAUGCGACUCGUAUGUCAGCAGUAUUUCGGUCCAUCCUUGGGCUUUGUAGACAUGAUCACGCAGCACGUUCCAUCACCAGAGGAAGGUGCGCAACGACUUCUGCAAAAACACUACACCGGACCUUUGGACACAAAGACGGCCGAAGCGAUGCAAAAGUGUGACCAGAACGGCCCCCUUGUCGUACACGUCACAAAGCUCUUCAACGCGACGGAUGCAAAGUCAUUCACUGCACUUGGUCGAGUGUUGAGUGGUACCGCAACUUCGCCGCAGUCGGUGCGUGUACUUGGCGAAGGCUAUACAAUUGAAGAUGAGGAAGACAUGGUUGUCGCAACAGUUACGGAUACUUGGAUAGCCCAAUCGAGGUAUAAUAUCCCAGUCAGUGGCGUGCCAGCAGGCAACUGGGUGUUGCUUGGCGGUGUCGACAACUCAAUCGUCAAGACAGCAACAAUCGUAGCAACCAAACUACCGGAAGAGGAGGACGCUUACAUCUUCAAGCCCAUCAAGCACUUUUUUGAAUCCGUCUUCAAGGUUGCCGUUGAACCGAUCAACCCCUCUGAGCUACCAAAGAUGCUUGACGGUCUCCGCAAGAUCAACAAGUCAUAUCCGCUAAUCACCACAAAGGUCGAGGAGUCGGGAGAGCACGUGGUUCUCGGUACUGGCGAGCUUUACAUGGACUGUGUAUUGCACGACCUCCGACGGCUGUAUGCUGACAUGGAGAUCAAGGUCUCGGAUCCAGUCACCCGGUUCUGCGAGACCGUCGUCGAGAUGUCUUCGAUGAAGUGCUACGCUUCCACGCCGAACAAGAAGAACAAGCUCACCAUGAUUGCUGAGCCGCUAGAUCCAGGAAUCGCUGAAGAUAUCGAGGCAGGCAAAGUCAACAUCAAGGAUCCUGUCCGUGUAGUCGGCAAGUUUUUUGAGCAAAACUACGGGUACGAUCUGCUCGCAGCUCGCAAUAUUUGGGCUUUCGGACCAGAUGAUAUGGGCCCCAACAUCCUGCAAAACGACACACUCCCCACAGAGGUCGACGGCAAGAUUCUUCGAAGCGUGCGAGACACCCUUCGACAGGGUUUCAGCUGGGCCACGCGCGAGGGCCCGCUCUGCGAAGAGCCUAUUCGCAACACAAAGUUCCGUCUUACCGAUGUUGAGCUUGCAUCGGAAGCUAUUUUCCGUGGUGGUGGCCAAAUCAUUCCCACGAGUCGACGAGCAUGCUACUCAUCAUUCCUCAUGGCGAGUCCCAGACUGAUGGAGCCGGUAUACUCGUGCAGUAUGAUUGGCCCAGCCGACACAAAGAGUAGUCUUUACACAGUUCUUGCACGGAGAAGAGGGCACGUUCUACAAGAUGGACCUAUUGCAGGUACUCCACUUUACAAUGUGCGCGGUUUGAUCCCGGUCAUCGACUCUUUUGGUUUCGAGACCGAUUUGAGGAUUCACACACAAGGCCAGGUCUCUCUCUCUCUUGUCUUUGAUCGCUGGUCCAUUGUUCCUGGCGACCCUCUCGACACAAGCAUCUCAACCCGCCCCCUCGAACCCGCAACCGCACAACAACUAGCACGCGACUUUGUGCUCAAGACCCGACGAAGAAAGGGCCUUGCUGAAGAUGUCACUGUCAAAAAGUUUUUGGAGCCCGAGUUAUGCCGUAGUUUGAUUGAAAGCGGCGUGCUGGAUGGAUAGGAGAUGUAUGUUUGUAAUACCAUGCAAUGGAGUAAUGGCGUCAACGCACGAUUUUGAAUGAACGAAGGAGGUAAUUCAAAAGCAUUAUGAGUAGGAAAUCCCGUAUUCGGGGUCAUCUAGUAGGAUUGGCAAUAAAAUAUACCCGUCGCCAUGUCCAUCCUGCUCUCUGUCUUUAUAGUGCGUGACUGUGUUUACAAACGGAUUUGAUCAGCAAAGAAGCAUCGGACGCAGACUCAAUUUGUUGAAGCGAGAAUCUA